UCAGGUUUCUUUGCCAAUGAUGAGGUGCCUUUUCUGUCUUGUACUUCUCUUCUGUCGUUUGUGUUUUCCCCAAUACCAAGCAGUUACACUUUCUGAUUUCCUGCCACCACCUUUAUCAGUCACUUGCUCAAAGCCGGAAAAUCGUGUUUAUCAACGACAAGACAAUGACCUCCGAAUCUCAUGUCUCUGGGAUGGAUAUAUUGUGAUGCAGUACUCAAGAGUGAAUUCUGGGAAGGAAAUCAAUCAUGGAAAGGAAGAGCCUGACUUCCAAUCCCCUCCUUACUGCCAAUGGUACCGAGAUUCCAUCUUGGUAAACACUACAAAUCACUGGUCAGGUCAUCUGACGCUGGGUUCAGGCCUGACUGGAGAAGGUCCGCAUCCACCAUGGGCUUAUAGUCAGAUCACAGUACAGUGUACAUCAGCUAUGUGUGAAGCACCUUUGUGCUUUUACCACAAUCUGAGUAUUCAGGUCUCUGGGCAGGAUGUCCGUCUCUUUCUAUUCUGGCCGCACACAGUCCCAGUUUUUGAAUGGCAGCCGGUUCAGUUGGGUUGGUGUGCACGUCUUAAGAGUUCCACAUGGAUCUACCACUUCAGGAGUCGAAAGGGUAGUCCUGCAGACAUCCUCAUUCCUAGCAACCAAUAUAGUGAUCCGCCUCCAUUUGCUGCUUACCCUAAUGCAGAACUGUAUCAAGUCUGCCGGUCAUACUACAACUACCACUUGACCGUACGCUAUCCCCGCCGUGGAAUCCACACUGCUUCCGUCAGUAUUGAGGAUGGACCUCCAAUCAGCCUUAGCAUGGAUUUCUUUGUGGAACCUGCUCUGCUUCACGUCUUUAGCGCAAAUUCUAAAUUACUGAGCCACCCACAUGGGACACUCCACCUUUCUUGGAGAUUUCUACCACUCAGCCAAGGGACAGUAACUUAUAAACUAUUGGAUAUGCAAGGUAGAAGAGGGUGGUCUCACACCUAUAACUACAACCCUUUUUCACUCCACAGCAAUUUCUGCGCUGUUCACACACCACAUAAUUCCAAGGAAAAGGUGGUGGCUAGCAUCUACUUCCAUACCAAUGAAAACUUGACUGAAGAGUUGACAGGAAAACUUGAUUUCUCUAAUGAGACUCUGAUUUUCAGCGCAAGCAGUGCAGCCCCUAUUUAUCUUACACUCAACCCAGCAAAAAUCAAACUGGGCACAUAUAUUGUUAGCCAUACAUUGGGACUGUUCUAUUCUACUCAAGAAAGUGCCACUGGUAAUAAUUCCAGUUCUCACUAUAUCUUUUACCAGCAAGCAAGCUUCUCUUACCUGUUCAUUGCUGAAUUUCUACAGCUACAAUUAUUCAGGUUCAGCAUGCAUAUAUAUCUGAACCGAAACGGAACUCUGUUCAAAUCUCUAGGAGAAAAAGAGAUUGAUAUUCAUGUUUUCAACAGCAGUUCUCUCGAAGAAAGGCUUUUCUAUAUUGUAUGGUUUAUUCCAGUGCAGCACCCUCUACUACAGUGUGAGUGGACUUUUAACUUGCAGCUUUUUGAUUCAAGAGUUAAGUAUCCCAUUCAGAAUGAUACCUUUACAUACCUAGAUCAAGUCAGAAAUGCUACACAUUUCAUUCCUGAUUCUUACUUGCCUUUCAAUCCUGCCAUGUACACUGGAUUUGUAGCAAAAGUGAAAUGCACCAGCAAUUACUCUAUGCCAAUUACUUUAAAAGCUACAUUCAACACUUAUGCUUCAAAAAUAAUAGAAUCAAGGAUAGCCUGCCAAUAUCAACAUUGUUCUAUUACAGAUAUUAAUAUCCAGAAGUCUAGCACUUCUAAGCAUAUCAUGCAUUAUACUCAAGGGACAGAAUUUACUGUGACUGCUGAUACACAGAUAAAUUGCCCAGGCCAGAAACAAACACAUAUCGUUUGGAACAUCUAUAAAGUUCCGAACAUGGCACAUACACCCAACUGGUCAAAACCUUUUAACCCACCUGGUAUCGGAAAAAGAAAUGUUGCCACAUUAAAAGUGCCUAGUUCUAGCUUAGAUUGUGGAUUGUAUCUCUUUAAUUUCACCAUGAAAUUAACAUCAUUAGAUACAUGGGAUACCAAAAUAGCCUCUGAUUCAGUGUUUAUUGAGAUUGGGCCUGAUAACUUAGUGGCUGUCAUUGAUGGAGGCAAUUUCCGGACAGUGAGAUUUUCUGAGCAGUGGACACUCAAUGGAUCGGCGUUCUCUAAUGGUAAUGCCAUUCAGCCCUCUGAAGAACUAACAUUUACUUGGUAUUGCACUAAACAAAAAACAGACUAUAUAUCAAUGACUCUAAGCAGAAAUAAGAAAUGUCAUCCAGAUCAGGUAGGUUUGAAAUGGAUAUCUUCUUCAGAUCCAAUUCAAAUAGUGCAACCCCAAACACUUCCAGGAAAUACUUUGUAUUAUUUUCUCCUGAUGGUUCAGAAUGGUAGCAGAACAGCUCAGACUGAGCAAACAGUGUCUGUGCAGGGUCACUCUGCCCUAAUCCUGAAUGUCACUUGUAUUGAAAAUUGUGGUACAUCAGUAAUUCCAACAGAAAGAUUCUGUCUUUCUGGGAAAUGCCUGAAUUGUAAAACUAUAAAGCCUCUCUAUCGUUGGUCACUGCAUUCAGCAAAAUCCAGCGAAAUAGAUUUUGACUGGUCUUCCAAAACCACAACAGGACGGUCAAAUUCAUAUCUACGCAUAAACGCUUUUGCAUUUGUAUCCAGGGCAGAGCAGUCGUAUAUUCUUAGUCUGACCAUCGUAACAAAGGAUGGAGAGUCAGCUACCUACAAGUACUUUUUCUAUGUUAAUGGUCCUCCACAGAUAGGAAAAUGUGUUCUUAAUCCAAGGACAGGUACAGCAUUCUUAACAAAAUUCAUUAUUCAGUGCAAUGGAUUUGAAGAUAAGAAUGGGCCUCUUACAUAUAAAGUAAUAGCAGCAGCUAAUCAAAAGAAAACUGGUACUAUUUCUUCAAUAGAGAAUAGUACUUUGGGAAUAAUAGUAUAUGCUGGUCAGAAACAUAAAACUCCUCACUUUUUUCUCCCAGUUGGUAUGCCAUCUGCAAAUUCUGCCUUGAUAAUAUAUGUUCAAGUAUAUGAUUCCCUUGGCGCCUGUUCUCAAGUAACUUUACAAGCAACUGUGCGCAAUCAAAGAAAAAGUAAGUCAGCUGAUAUUGUUCAUCAGAAAUUAUAUGCUUUACUUGGUAGACAAGAUGUUCCUAUGACAAACUUGCCACUAUCAGAAAAUCACCUUAAAACAGGUUAUUUUAUAUAUACAAUGGCCUCUCUUUUAAAUAACGUCAAGGUUUCAUCUACUAUUCAAGGCUCUAAAACUGAUUUGCGGCAAACACUCCUUAAUAUGAUUGCAGGUAUACCUACCAUGGAUGUACAGGAAAUAAACCAAGUGAUUUUGAGCAUUUGCCAAGUGACAUACGAAACUUAUGAAAUAAACAGAGAAUCACAACUGCUUGCAGUCAGAAAACUAAAAGAAGUCAGUGAAGCUCUAAAAAGGCACAGGGACAUAGGUUCUAAGCAAACCGAGAUCCUUGGCAGUGGUAUUUUCACUGGGCUGUCUAAUGUGUUGACAGCCUCUCUCCUGAGCACUGGAAACAGCAAUGUGGCUGUUGUAAGAGAAACUAUUUUGGUGAUGGAAAUUUUAGCAGGUCUAAUCUUACAAGGUAAAGUCCCUGGGGAACACGAAACCCACAUGGAGACCAAAUACUGGACCAUCCACUUACGGAAAGAUGAGAAGUGGGACGUUUCUGGAAGUUUAUCGGACAAAAAAUACUGUAGAAACUGUUUUCAUCCCAAAUUGAAGGAGAGCCAUCAUCCCGAAUUACAGGUAGAUGCUAUAGUUUCCACUGCUUUUUAUGAAUUUGAAAUCAAUCCCUUUCCUUGGUUGCUUUUUACAAAAGACAUUGGCACAGUGGUGGCUGGAUUCAAAAUGACGGGAACCAAAUCUAAUGGUGACACAGUCAGCAUCACGCCUGAUGUAGCUGAGGUCAUCAUGGCUCGAAAAGAUGGGGGACUCUUUGACUUGACUAUAGGACCAGACAAAAAGCUCUCUAAAACAACUGGAGGCUUUAGUUUUGAAAUAAGGAGAGGUUCCAAAGAUGUUUUUAUCCAGAUUGUAUCUAAAAUAAAGAUUACUUUCCAGGUAUUUAUAUACCUAGGUCAUAAUAUCAGUCACCCUCCUGUAGCUAUAUAUAUUGUUUCCCACCACAGUCCCCCGAUAGCAAAUAAAACACAAAAUAAUAUUACUGAUUGUGAAAUUAAGGCUCCAUAUAUACUUUGUCUUCCUCACUCAUUAUUUUGGCCCCAGGUCAGCAACAAUGGAGUAGACAAACUGAAUAUUUCUAUUGUCUUACAGUCGCACCCAAUUGUUCGAGACCGAACAACAAAGAUUGUCCGCAUUGCUCUUUUUGCUGCUGAAUGCCUGGAUCUGGUCGGCAUUCAGAGCCAAUGGAAAGAAGGAACGUGUAGCCUUGGCCGCCAGACCAGCUGGUCCAAGAUACAUUGCAUUUGUGAAGCAAGAGAACCCACCACAAGAAAAGCCAUUCCUAGGCCAGCAGAGACCUCUGGCAUUAGAUUUUUGGCCAGCAAGGUAGCUCUAUUCCCUAGUCAAGUUGAUAAAGAAAGAUCUCUUUUAUCAGAGACUGGCCAAAAUCCUGUAACAUGGUGGACAGUAUUUGCCAUCUUUAUCACCUACAUUUUUUUGGCUAUCUAUGUCUUAGGAAAAGAUAAAAUACGCAAGAGGGACUGCAUCAUAGACUUGCCAGAUAAUGAUCCCUUUGACAAGACAAGAUACUUACUUACCAUAUACACAGGGAGCCGUCUACGAGCAGGCACGCAAGCUACUGUCUUUAUUCAGCUGACUGGCCAAAAUGGGGUCAGUGAUGUGCACCAAUUAAAGCAUCCUCUGUUCCCAAGAAACUUCCGCCGAGGAGCUAUCAACACUUUUCUCCUGACUACAGAGAUGGACUUAGGAGAACUUUCUUCUCUUCAUGUUUGGCACAAUAAUUGCUACUUUGGUUCUAACUGGUACUUAAGUCGUGUCAAAGUCCAAAAUACGGAUACUAAGCAGUCAUGGCUAUUUAUGUGUAGAAAGUGGUUCGCUCUUGGCAAGGAUGACUGCCAAAUAGAAAGGACUUUCCCAGUGACAAACCCAAAUGUACCCUUAAGCACAAUCGAUACUUUUUUAAUCAUGGUUAGCCAUGGAUUAAGUAAUGACCACCUGUGGCUGUCUGUCUUUGCUCAUAGUAUUGAUGACUCUUUCAGCAGAUUCCAAAGGCUGUCUUGCUGCUUAGCAAUACUAUUGAGCUCCCUUGUGUUUAACAUUAUGUUCUUCAGUAUUGAAUAUGAGCAACAUGUCCAUUUAGUAGAUCUGCAGACCUUAAGAUCUAUAAGAAUUGGCAUUCAAAGUGCUUUAAUGUCCAUCCCUGUGGAGCUAAUAGUGACAACCUUGUUUAAGUACUCAGUGAAGAAGCAUUCAUGGUGUAACAGAGAUCCUCAGGUAAAAGAAAAGUCAUCCUUUCUAUCAGAAAGCUCUUCUAAAGAGGCCAGUCUAAAAGAUGCUCCACUUACAAAGAAGAAGUCCAAACCAUUCUCACUCAUGGAUCUCAAUGCCAAUAAUAAUGCAGCAAAAAAGGAAACAUUUUCUGAGAAAAUACAGAAACCACAACUUCUUUUAUGUUUUCUAGUCAUCGCUUGGUCCUUUGUAUUCUGUACAUCUGGGCUGUCAUCAUUUUUCAUCAUAUUACAUGGCUUGUCUUAUGAUGAGAAAACAUCAUUCGAAUGGUUAAUAGCAUCCUUGACAUCAUUUUGCUUAAGUGUGUUUUUGUUUGAGACUGUAAAGAUAGUUGCAAUAUCGGCAUGGAAUACUGGUUCUGCAAAAUUUUGUGCAAAACUCCCAUGGUUACGCUAUCCAGAUAUCCAGUUUCAUGGGAGAAUUAUGACCAUGGAAGAGAUGGCACAGUCACAUCGUGAGCUCCUCAGACUGAGAGCUUCCAAGCAAUACCAGCCAAUAAACGAGGAGGAACUCACAGUAUUGCGAAGGAUAGAGAAGAUUAAAAAUCUGGGUUAUAUUUUUGUAAAGAAUAUGCUCUGUCAUCUAGUUUUCUUAACCUUAAUUUUAAAUGCUACACACCCUGCCGAAAUCACUAAUAGUUUUUAUUACAAUCAACUUAUGUAUAACAGAUUUUCUGUUGGCUUAUCCAAAGUACAUACAAUAGAAGACAUUUACAAUUGGGUGAAGGAUAUCUUUGUGCCAUUGAUACACAAUGAGUAUCAACCAACCUAUCUUUUAAAUACUUGGUCGAAAGUCCUUGGAUUGCCCAGAAUGAGGCAAAUUAGAAGUACAGAUUCUAUAUCAACAUGUUAUUUUCCACAUGGCUUGGCAAAUACAUACAUUUUGAGUGGCACUCAUUGCCAAAAGAAAUAUGGAAUUGACCCAGAAGACCAGACUAACUACUUUGGGUCAUGGGCAAUGCCAGUCAAUAGUUCAGUUCCCAAUGAUAGCAGUGGCUUUUUAGGCUUCACCUUUGAACAUCCCACUACUCAGUGGGAAUAUAACUCAUAUGGAGAAUUAAAUAGCUAUCCAUCCAGAGGAUACAGUUUUUAUUUUUUCCCAGGAGAACCAAAAGCUAAUUCAACAACAAGGUUAAAAACUUUGGAAACGAGCAACUGGCUUGAUGAUAAGACCUGGGCACUAAUUGUUGAAUUGACCACUUUUAAUCCAGAUGCAGAUCUUUUCUGCAGUAUUUCUAUCAUAUUCGAGUCUUCUGAUAUUGGUUCUGUCAACAGUAGUGUGUCAGUUCAUUCUUACAGGCUUCCCCUUUUCAGUGACCAAUCCAAAAGUCAAAUUUUGUUGUUGUUAGGCACUAUAUAUAUGCUGAUAGUGUACAUUGCUGAUGAAUGUCGUGUGUUGUAUCAAAAAAGGCUGAGGUAUAUAAGUACAGCUGCCAACAUAAUCAACUUUGGAAUUAAGACAACUUGCACUGUUUUUCUAGUGCUACUUCUAUUCAAAUUUAAGCUAGCUUUUGACUUAGUGCAGUUUUAUUUACAACAUCAGGAACGGUUCAUUCCUUUCCAUGCAGUUUCUCAAUUUGAUCAAGUCAUCAGGAUAAUUAUGGGAUUUUUAGCUUUUCUCCUAGUUUUGAAAAUGUACCGCUAUUUCAGAUUUUUGUAUGGUGUACGCUUGGCCCAAAAAUCCUUAUAUGCAGCUAUACCUACAAUGAUUAAUCUGUCUAUAGCAGGGGGCAUAUUUUUUUUUGCAUAUAUGUCACUUGGGUAUCUAGGAUUUGGACAACAUGAGUGGAAUUUUCAUAAUGUAAUUUACUCCUUUUCUACUAUAUUAUCUUAUUGUGCCUUGGCAUUUAGGAACACUGAAUUUUCAUCUGAUGAGUUUCUGGGAGGUCUUUUCUUAGGCUCUUUUAUGGUGGUAAUGAUUUGUGUUUUUGUCAACUUAAGCCAAGUUAUACUAAUAUCUUCCCAUGUUGACAUGAAAAUACCUGUCUAUGAACACCAUUCACAUGAAGCAGAAAUCAUAUAUUAUAUAGUCCAGAAAAUUUACAGGGGAUGGUUUUUUGCUACUACUGGUUCACAGACCACAACAGAAACACAUAUUUUCAACCGUUUACUAUUUGGAAAACCAAGAAGAACUUUCAGGUUACUAGAUUGAGAAGCAGAGUAAUCAAUAAAAAGUUUAGCUUU